GUGCUGUUUGUUUAUGUUUUUACUCACAGGUUCAGAGGGACAUCUUAUUUAUCAAUUACAAGCCACUGUGUUGAUGUUGGCGCAGGUGUGAGUGCAUUAGUAAUACCAUGGCAUCAAGAACACUGGACGCUGUAACCUCUACUGUCUCUAGCAGAGAAACUGGGAAAAUAUAACAUUUGAAAAGUGUUAUUUUUAGAGGUCCUGUGAUGAAAUUUAUGGGUGCUUGAGCACUCCCAUAAAGGGUGUAAAAUCGCCAAUGAGGCAGAGAGAUGGGCUGAGGGUUGAACUUGUCCGCGCGCACACGCUCGUGCGCAAGUGUGUGCGUUUUUGUUUGUGGAAUCGGUAUAAAAACCUACGAGGACGAAGAGCCACCGAGCAGAUGUCUGGACUUCCCUAUUUCUCCUGAAGAAAUCUCAGCAAAAUAAGAAUUUUGUUCGGACAACGAUGAUGUUUCCCUGCGCUGCUCUGUCGCCUACUCUUUACCCGGGUUUCCUGCGUGUCCCAGCUACUCUCUCCGCGUCACUGAGCGAAUCGGCGGCUCAGGGAAGAGGAACCGGCUUUCUGGUAGAAGAUCACAUAAGCCAACAUGUCGGCUACAUACAUCGAACUUUCUCGUCCAUUCGUUCCGGAGACAUUGUGCCGUUCAGUGCGGGCUCAAGGUCCUUUCCACGUACAACAGAACCAAGCACGGAGACAUCCGGUCAAGUCAGCCGCAGCAGCCCCGGAUCUGUGUACGCCGCCAGCCCGGACUACCUGAAGUUCGGCGUCGGUACGAUCCUGGCACCUUCUACAUGGAGUCUCCAGAAUCUUCAGACAAAGUCGCUCUCUCUGCCUUUUUUAGACAGAAGCCUUUAUCCUUACCUCAGAGCCUCUGAUUUCACAGCCUCCGCCUCUGUGGUUCCUGUCCCAGGAACAUUUUCAUGGCCCCUGAGCCCCAGAGGGAAGCCCAGGAGGGGCAUGCUGCGGCGGGCUGUGUUCUCAGACCUCCAAAGAAAAGGUUUGGAGAGAACCUUCCAGAAGCAAAAAUAUAUUAGCAAACCAGACAGGAAGAAGCUUGCGAGUAAACUGGAUCUUAAAGACACCCAGGUGAAAAUCUGGUUCCAAAACCGCAGGAUGAAAUGGAGAAACUCCAAGGAGAGGGAGCUGCUGUCAACGGGUGGCUGUCGGCAGCAAACCCUCCCAACCAAAACCAAUCCCCACCCAGAUCUCACUGAUGUGGGCAGCACGUACAGCCACAGGCUGAGCAGGACUGCACCAUACAACCACGAGUCACAUUUCUGUUGUCAUCAUCGUAACCCUUCAACUCUAUCAGAGUCAGGCAAACAAUCAGAACUGUCAGAGUCAGACAGUGAAGAAAUCACAGUUUUAUAAGAGAUUCUGAUUAAUGGAGUAUUCCUAGAAGAUGAUGGAAGAAAAUUCAGAAGUGCAUGAAUUAGCUCUCCAUUUUCCCUCUAUUUGUUUGUACAGUGUUGUUUAUAUUACCUUUAUAGCAUAUCUGCACACACUAAUUAAAGUAUACUGAGCACUUUUAGAUUUAAUAUUUGUAGAUUAUUUUUUUAAACUCUAAAUAUACAAAAUGUUCUUUCAUUCAUAUUUGUA